AUGAUUUUCAAUCUCAUUUAUUUAUCUCUCAUCCCUUUCCAGGCCAUUGGUCCAGUGCCAGAUUUAACAAUAAAUGUUCUCAGUCAAAGGGAUCUUAUUUAUAGCUUUACACUGAAUAUAAACGAAACACCCAAUUCCCCUGCAACUUCGACGACAUCGUGGCAACUUAGUAUUUGCAGUAAUUGCAAUGUAGCUUUGUGUGCUAAACGCCUAAACACUACACCACCACAAUAUCUCAUCAAUUGUGGUCUAUUGACUAACAACGAGGAACUAUCACAAAAAAGAGCUGAUAAAUCAUUUUCCGAUACCUUUGGCAUACUGAUAAUGGAUCAUCCCAAAGUGGAUAAUGCUACUGCAAAUAAUCAAAAUACUAACAGUAAUUUGUCCUUAUCCACUUCGUUUGCAUCAUCUUCCUCGACUAGCCACCACUUAGAUUCGAAACAAUUGCGUUUACGGCAAUUACAAGGUAAUUUACAACAACGUUUGCAAAGAGAAAUCGCAGAAACUGAUGAACGUAUACAACGUUAUACGGCUCAACAAUUUGCUUUGCUUAAGAGUUUUCGUGAAAAGUCUGAACAGGAAUACCAAAUGUUAGUAUCGCUUAUACAAUGUAUACCCGAGCAACAGGCUAACGAAUGGCUAGAACGUCAACCACCCGCACUGGAUGUCAGCAAUAAUGGUGGUAAUUUAGCCUAUGCAGCUGGUACACGCAGACGUAAUACGAUUUCCAGUCGUCGUGAACUAAGUAAUACGGCUCCUACUACACCAACGGCAAUACAACCACCGAACUCUAUAUUUAAUAUGAAUAGAGAGAAUUAUGUGAGAAAUUCUAUGACUGCCACUCCCACAACACCUACAAGUGCCAUAAUGACUACAACAACCAAUACAUCGGGCAAUAAUACUCAAUCGCCCACGGGCGUGGCAUCAACGGCUAACGUAGCUACAUCUACUACACCCACUAUAGUUGGUAGUUCAGCUUUAAAUCGUAAAAUGUCGAAUUUUGAUACACCACCAGCUACACCCGAAGCUAUACCCAUGAGUGUGGGCAAUAGUCCAACAUUUCGCCAACAGCAACAGCAAAAUACUAUGUUUGCUAGCCAACCACAAACAUUACAACAACAAUUUUCAACAAAUUCUAUUGAUACAGCCGAUGAUUGUCUCUUCGAAUUGGAAGGUGUCGAUGGUGGCAAUGUAGUUACAACACCGCAACAUAAUCGUUCUAUGUAUUUACAAAAUCCACCAUCACCAUUACGUCUAUUACAGUCGCAACAGCAGCAACAACAGCCACAAAAUGUGCCACAUCAAAUACUGCCACCGUUUAAUAGCUAUCAGCGUAGUUUAAGUUAUAUUAAUGCACAGCCGGAAAAUCAUAUGAGCGAUUUAGAUGAGAGUGAUGAUGCUGAAGAAGCUGAAGGUAGGUUUAUUGAUAAUAAGAUUAGGACUAUAGUGUAGACUAUAGACUAGACA